AUGCAGCCGCUACAAGAGAUACUGUCAAGCGAGGGUGAGGGACUACCAACAGAAUUUGUUGCGGAUUGUGACUGCUCUGCCCUGACAUCGAUUUUAGAUGGCGUUCUUCUAUCGAAGCGUGGUGUGCGUCGCGACGGUAAUUUGAACGUUUGCCAGGAGUGCAACGACAGCUUGGCGAAGAGAUCGAUCCCUAAGUUCUCCAUUAAAAACGGUUUUUAUGUGGGCGAAUUGCCGACUCGCUUCUCAGACAUGACACUCCCCGAGCGUCUCAUGACUCAGACCGUGUCUGUCGUCGCAGUCACCAGGGUAAUGCGAGGCGGCGCUCACCGCUCAAUCCGCUCGCAUUGUUUGGCAUUCGAUGCAAUACCGGGCCCACCCGCUACAUUGUUGCCGAUUCCUGUUGGCAACAUUUCAUCAUACCGUGUAGUGCUGGCCGGGUCAUUUACGCCAGAGCAGCAUGCGCGCGUCCGUCAAAUGCAUCGUGCACGUCGUCAGGUUGUCAACGACGUUCUUCGCUUCUACCAGCAACACAAUGAAUUCUACGAUGGCAUUGUCGUCGACAGUUCCGAGAUUCCGGUUGAUGCCAUCGCAGAGAACAUGAUUUUCGAAGACGUCGAGGCAGAUGUAGAGCUCACAGAAAUGGGCGCCGGACAUGAUUGA